AUGAUCCAGGCGGCAAGCAAGCCAACGAAGAUGAGCUUUGACAUCCUCGGCAGCGCGUUGACUACGCUCAACGUCGCCAUGACGUCGCACUUCAUUUCCGAUCACCUCGACAUCACGCCAUCGAUGCCGUUGGCGACAGUCGCACAUUGGCUGCACGCGACACUGAUGACAGUCGGCUGGGAACCGUUGGCACGAGCGAUGACGACCAUGCUCACUCGGUGGCACAAGCACACUUUGGACCGUCCGCUCAGUCAUGGCUUCCGCCUCGUCGCAAGCUUGGCCGGCGUCGUGGAUCAUCCCGUGUGCCCUCGACUGGACCUUCCGUUUGUCUCGGAGCUCAUCAAGCUCUGCUGGCCUGUCAUCACAAAAGACCUUCCCGCCCCGGGUGACGUUAAGGAUGGCCAUGACGCGCGCGGGCUCAUUGCAUCUGUGUUGCUUCUCGAAGCGCACGUCCUGUCGGGCGAGGGUUGGUUCACGAACAAGCUGCCGACGAUCUUGUGCAUCGAAAUCGACUCGUACCUCCUCCCGGCGAACACGAUCGAGCAGCACAUCGACCACUGGAUGCAGCGCGAGCCGUUCGACGUUGUUGCGCCGUCGCUGGUAAGCGCAACGAAGCGGAACCCGCAGCUGCGUAUCAACAAGAACCGAGCGGCGCUUGCCGGCGCGCUUGCCAGCAUCUCCGCCAAAAACAUGCGCAACGUGUGGGGCGUUGCAAGCGCUUUGGCACUG